GCUGAAUGGGCGCGAGCGCGGUGCCGGGGGCGGGUGGGGGCGCUGGGUCCCGGGCUGGCUGCCGGCCGGCGCCCCCUCACUAGUAUGCGGAGGAAGGCGGCGGGCUGGGCGGAGCGGCGUCCCCUGCAGCCGCGGACAGAGGCAGCGGCGGCACCUGCCGGCCGAGCAAUGCCAAGUGAGUACACGUAUGUGAAACUGAGAAGUGAUUGCUCGAGGCCUUCCCUGCAAUGGUACACCCGAGCUCAAAGCAAGAUGAGAAGACCCAGCUUAUUAUUAAAAGACAUCCUCAAAUGUACAUUGCUUGUGUUUGGAGUGUGGAUCCUUUAUAUCCUCAAGUUAAAUUAUACUACUGAAGAAUGUGACAUGAAAAAAAUGCAUUAUGUGGACCCUGACCGUGUAAAGGUUGUUUCUUCAAGUUUCUGAGCCUAACUUAACUCUACAAAGCAAAUAUUCUGUGUUAAAAGACAGUAGUCAACACGGGAGCUACAUCAGACAUCAUAGGACAAAUUGUCAUCUAGAAGAGUAUAUUUUUAAUGCAGGAGAGUUUUUAAAACCCAGAUUGGUGUGAUUUCAUUCCAGAGAGCUCAGAAAUAUGCUCAGCAAGUCUUGCAGAAGGAAUGUCGUCCCAAGUUUGCCAAGAUAUCAAUGGCGACGUUAUUUGAGCACAGGUAUAGCGUGGACUUACUCCCUUUUGUGCACAAGGCCCCCAAAGAUAGUGAAACUGAGUCCAAGUACGAUCCUCCUUUUGGGUUCCGGAAGUUCUCCAGUAAAGUCCAGACCCUCUUGGAACUCUUGCCGGAGCAUGACCUCCCUGAACACUUGAAAGCCAAGACCUGUCGGCGCUGUGUGGUUAUUGGAAGCGGAGGAAUACUGCACGGAUUAGAACUGGGCCACACCCUGAACCAAUUUGAUGUUGUGAUAAGGUUAAACAGUGCACCAGUUGAGGGAUAUUCAGAACAUGUUGGAAAUAAAACUACCAUAAGGAUGACUUAUCCAGAGGGCGCACCACUGUCUGACCUUGAAUAUUAUUCCAAUGACUUGUUUGUUGCUGUUUUAUUUAAGAGUGUUGAUUUCAACUGGCUUCAAGCAAUGGUAAAAAAUGAAACCCUGCCGUUUUGGGUGCGACUCUUCUUUUGGAAGCAGGUGGCAGAAAAAAUCCCACUGCAGCCAAAACAUUUCAGGAUUUUGAAUCCAGUUAUCAUCAAAGAGACUGCCUUUGACAUCCUUCAGUACUCAGAGCCUCAGUCAAGGUUCUGGGGCCGAGAUAAGAAUGUCCCCACAAUCGGUGUGAUUGCCGUUGUCUUAGCCACACAUCUGUGCGAUGAAGUCAGUUUGGCGGGUUUUGGAUAUGACCUCAAUCAACCCAGAACACCUUUGCACUACUUUGACAAUCAGUGCAUGGCUGCUAUGAACUUUCAGACCAUGCAUAAUGUGACAACGGAAACCAAGUUCCUCUUAAAGCUGGUCAAAGAGGGAGUGGUGAAAGAUCUCAGCGGAGGCAUUCAUUGUGAAUUUUGAACACAGAAAACCUCAGUUAAAAAUGCAACUCUAACUCUGAAGGCUAUUUUUGACAGCCUUCUUGAUGUAUUUCAUCCUGCAAAUACUUUGAAGUGCAGCUGGUGUUUUUAACUUUUAAUUUAAAAACACACAAUAUAUUUUAGCUCUUCCCACUUUUUUUCCCUAUUUAUUUGAGGUCAGUGUUUGUUUUUGCACACCAUUUUGUAAAUGAAAUUUAAGAAUUGAAUUGGAAAGACUUCUCAAAGAGAAUUGUAUGUAACGAUGUUGUAUUGAUUUUUAAGAAAGUAAUUUAAUUUGUAAAACUUCCGUUCGUUUACACUGCACAUUGAAUACAGGUAACUAAUUGGAAGAAGAGGGGAGGUCACUCUUUUGAUGGUGGCCCUGAGCCUCAUUCUGGUUCCCUGCUAUGCUGCUUUGUAUGACCCACGGAGGAUCCACUUCCAGGAUGACGUCCUCCAUAGCUAUGCUGCUGAUACAGGGUCUGCAACGCAGCAGCAUGAGGCCUGAGCUGGUCGGAGGAGGUCACAACCCUUCUCUGUUGGUCUGCCCUCUGCCGAAAGACUCAAGAACCAACCAGGGAAGCUGUCCUGGAGGUCCCUGGUCAGGGAGGGACAUAGAAUCUGUGUCCUCUGACAACUGUGAAGCCACCCUAGGCUGCAGAAACCACAGUCUUCCCAGCAAUUAUUACAAUUCUAUUUUUACUGCCCUUUCAAAGCACUUAAGUAUUAGAUCUAACGUGUUUCAGUGUCUGUCUGAGUUGGCUUAAAAAAUCAGAACAAAACCUCUAUUAUCCAGAGUCAUGGGAGAGUAUACCCUUUCCAGGAAUAAUGUUUUGGGAAACACUGAAAUGAAAUCUUCCCAGCAUUAUAAAUUGUGUAUUUAAAAAAAAGAAACUUUUCUGAAUGCCUACCUGGCAGUGUAUACCAGGCAGUGUGCCAGUUUAAAAAGAUAAAAAGGAAAAAGAAUAAAAACUUUUGAGGAGC